CUCGGGAACCGAAACCCGCCCGGUGGCCCGGCCGCCGCGUCGCUCCGCAUGGGCGGCUACCUGGGCAGGCCGGGGUCCCCGCCGUCGUCCCCAGCCCGGGCGCGCGCGCACGCCACCGAGCAGGUGCAGCGCGUCCACCGCGCCCACCCCGCGCCGCGGCACCGGCCCCCCCGGAGGCCGCCCGGCCGGGACCCCGCGGGCCGCGUCGACGAGGCCUGGAGGCGCUUCCCCAUGAAGAGGCCCCGCAACGCCAUCGUGGGGCCGCUGCCGUCGGACUGGUGGGACAGCUACUUCAGGCGCAGCGUCUGGUCCCUCCGGCACCCGCGGGCGCGGCGGAGCCCGGUCACCGUGAGGAUCGCGCCCCCCGAGCCCUGGCCCGCGCUCGCGAUCCGCUCCGCUGGGCCCCCGGCCUCCGAGAAGCCCCCGGACCCCUGCGCAAAGGAGACGGUGCUGCGGGCGCUCCGGGGGUGCACGAAGGGGAGGGCGGGCUGGGAAGACCCGCCGCGUCCCGGGGGCCUGCAGGCCACCAGGCGGAGCCCGGACCCCAGGCCGUCGGCAUUUCGGCCCUUGCUGAGAAAAGGGGUCCUCGCGUCUUUCGAGCCCCGGCCGGGGCCGCUGAGGAGAAGCCCGGACUCCCUGGGCCCGGACCGCAGCGCGAGCGGGGGCCCCGGCUGCCCCUUCCGGAGCCCCGAGGCCCGCGCGCACUCGGGGAGCCCCCCGCGCUCCCCGAGAAACGCCAUCAGCAGCUCUUACAGCUCGUCCAGACCGCUCGGCGCGCCGGGGAAGCGAAGGGCGCCCGGUGCGGCCCUGCAGCCCCCGGAAUGGCCGGUGAGAAAGAAAGGAAAGGGUCGCCGGUCUCCGUCUCCAGGGCCACCGCCACCGGCCAGGUCCCCGGCGGCGUCCGGCGGCUCUGAGCCGCAGGGUCAGGGGCCUCCGCGGCCGCCGCGCAGCCCUGGGACCCCGAGUCCACCUCCCGGGCUCGGCGAUGCGGACCCUGACGAGGACCAGGCCUCGGGGCACGAAGUCGGGCCCCGGUGGAGCAGUACAGCCCGAGAGGACGGGACCGAGGUCCCCACACGCUGUGUCCCCGAGCCGGGCUCCGCCGCUCAGCCUGCCGCGUCUCCCGGUCCGCCCGGUGCAGACACAGCUCGAACCCAGGACGCGGAUCCGCGGUCGGGAAGCUUCGCAGAGACGCGGGAGCCUCCGGCGGCCUCGCCACCGUCCCCCGGCCGGGCGGUCCCUGCGGCGCUCUCGCCCCUGAAGGAAGUCAGCCCGCUGCCCUCACGCGACUGCUCGCAGCCAGAGCCCCUUCCGCGCCCCUCUUCUGACUCCGAGUCCGCAGCCACCUGGCUCCGUCUGACCCCUUCUUCCACCCCGCCACCAGCCUCGGACGCCACCAGGCCACCCCCCGCGGCUCAGGCCGGCGGGACCGCCGCGCCCCCGGAGCGGUCGGCCCUCACCCCCGCACCGCCCGCCGUGCAAAGGGCGGCCUUUCUGGGCGGCCGGGCUCCCCUCCCCCCUGCAUCUGCGCCCCCUGCGGCAGCUUCUGCCCACCCCACGCCAAACUCCACUUUGGGGCUCCCGCCCAACGGAGACUCCUUACAUUCCAGCAUUUCGGCCACCGCCUCGGCUCCUUCACCCCCGGGUCUCUUGGCCCCUACCUUCAGGCCCAUCUUUGGCCGCGGAGGACCCCGUCAAACCGGGCCCGGGGUAGCUCCUUCCUCUUCCGAGCACACCUCUCCCCCCGCUCCCCCUGCUCCCCCCCGUCUCCUCCGCAGCCUGCUCAAGGCUACCGCCGUCGUCGUGUCCUCCACCCCGUCCCGCGCUUGCCAAGAGUCUCCUUUCCCGCCCCCCGUGGACAUCGGCGCGGUGAGUCUCAGGGGUGCCGUGGACCAGGCUGACCGCGCCCCUGCCUGCCGCGCGUUCCUUCUCGGGGCCUCCUGUGCCUUCAGGGCCCGCUUCUCCCAAGCCACAAGCUUCAUCUUCCCCCCACACCCGCGUGCCCCCGUCCCUGCCGUCCACACGGUCACCAUCUUCAGCCAGGUUCUUCCCGGCGCUGUGCAGAUACGCCCUCGUAAGAGCUCUGCCGAUCUGCGGGGCCCGCCUCCGCCGGCCUCCGCGCCCGCGGCCGGGAGCCGGUCGGCAGUAACGGCCCGAGCCUCCGGCGUGGGCUCCGCACUCCCCGCGCCCUCGGGGGCGGGCUCAAGGCCCCCCUUCCCACCCUCCCCCGGAGCCCCUCUCCAGCCGGCACUUGGGGCUCCAGGUGGGCAGGAGCAGGGGGCACCCCCGGCCCCGCCGGGCCCGAGGGUCACUAGUCCUUUCGGUCCGGGGACGUGGGCAACGGCAGCCCCCGCCCCGACCCCGGCUGGGCCGGCCUUCGGUAAGACCGCGCGGUCGGCCUCUGGGGGCCUGACGCCCUCCGCCUCCCCCUGUCGCGUCCCCUCCGCCCCCUCCGGCGUCCCGCCAAACUUGGGCAGCGCUCCGGCGGGGUCUCCCUUUGGCCAAACCGGCGCAGCCGGCUUUGGAGCUGCGGCCCAGACCCGCCGGAGCGGGGCCGCCGGCUCCGUGUUCGGCAGCACGGCCCCCCGGCCUUUUGCCUUCGGGGGAUUGGUGACCCCUAUGGACUGCGGGGAGUCCGGGGUCAGUGUGACCGCCCCGGACAGGAGCUCCGACUCUGGAGCGUUCGGCACCGCAGCACUGCGAAGUGGGACCACGGGCGCCGCCCUCACGCCCUUUGGGAAAGGCCGGAGCCAGAACACCCGGGGCCUGGCCAGCCAGAGCAAGCCUUUGGUCCUGGGGAGGACCAACACCUCGGCAAGAAAAACUAUGUUUGGGGGCCCCGGCAUGGGCCCCUUUGCUCAGAGCACCCCUGUCCCCGGGCCCCUUACCAGGAGCAGCGGCCUUGGCUUUGGGAUGGCCUCUCCACCUGCCCGGAGUUCCGUUGGGAGAGGACCUUUCAGACCAUCGGCCUCUUCAUUUUCCAUUGGAGCAAAAUCAAAAACCCCAAAGAGUCGGGAACAGGGGCAUUCCCGAAGGCAUCACGCCCACAAGAAGUAGCCGGUGCCCCCCCCCCCCCCCCCCCCCCGUCCCCUAGUCUGGGCCUCCAUAUUGUGACGAGCUCGGUGCCCUCCAAUUCUCUAAAGCAAACAUACCCCAGAUCUAAGGCUGGAGCUUCCACAUACUCACCCUGAUCCAUCAUCUAGAAGAAAUCAGAGGACCAAGUACCUUGUGGUAACAGCGGAAUGAAACCGGGUGGAACCAAACCUCUGGAGUUGAAGAAAGUCCGCUUCUUGCCCACUCCUCUCCGUGUCAGGAAUGCCUACCCUGACUUGGCGUUGCUUUGUGCUUCGAUGAGUCCCGGAAGAGCUUUUGAUAUAAUGUGACCUUGAAUCGAACUUGAUGAAAUCUGCCGUAAUUUUCCUUGACUGACCAACCCUCAAGGGCACCGAGAUGGGCUUCUCUUGCUGUACCCCUUUCCCCCCCACCCCAAGCUGUUCCAGUCUCUUCCCAGGAGCGGUGUUCCAGGCUCUUCCCCGUCCCUUUCUCUGCCCAUUUAGCCCCUAAGAGCUUGGCAAGUCAAGACUCAGUCCCUCUGAUCCCAGCGGCCACUCCUCACCCCAGAAAAGGAAAGCCCCGGGCCAGUCUCCUUCCGGGCCGGGCGCUCUCUGGCGCGUCCGUGCGGAGACGCGCGCUCAUCGCUCCGCGCAUUUCCUGCUUUGAGCUGGGUUUGGAGGAGGGAUGGCCUGUAGGGACGGUGCCACGUGGGUAGAGCCAGAGCCGCCUGAAAAGGUCUCCGGGACCUGGCCGACGGUGGGGGGCGCGCCGCCCCACUUAAGGGCGGCGCGUGUUGGUUCCUGAAUUCACAGCAGUGUUUUGACGUGAAGGGAUGACUUCUCUCUCCCCAUUAAAGGUCACGAUCCUUGCGGCGUGAGCCAGAACUGCCCAAGUUAGGGAACCGAAGUCUACACUUCAUGUUUUUUUUUUUUCUUUUAAUUUCUACCUGGCGAAAUCACCGCUCCACACGCACAUCUCUCCCGGAGGGGACAGGCAGGGGCAGGAAGCCUCUAGCACCUGAGUAGCAAGGGAGAAGAGCAGAUACCCGGCAGACCUCUGUUCCCUAACCAAUGGGAGUAAGAAGGAACACAGUCCUCAGCACUAGUGAACCCACGAAAGGAGGCGAGAAUAUCGCCCGUGCUCCGUCUAUCUCCUGCCUUAUAGAUCCCUUGGAAGAGGCCCAAGGGGAAAAAGAAUCUUAAACCGGUUGAUGACACACAAAUAAAAUUUUGAAACAAG